AUGAAGAAAACGCUUCUCCUCACGUACAUCCACGGCUUCAAAGGCGGCGAGGACACCUUUGGCACCACGGGCGACUUCGCCGAGCACCUGGCCGCCCUGGUCGGCGCCGAGCUGCCCAAGGUGCAGAUCCGUACCCUCGUGUACCCCAAAUAUGAGACGCGCGGCGACCUCACCGAGUGCGUCGCCCGCUUCCGCGACUGGUUGUUGGAGAAAGUCAUCGACCUCGAGGUGGCCGCCGGCACCCCGAGCCCCACCGUCGACCCCAGCGUCCGGACCAUCCUGAUAGGGCACUCGAUGGGCGGCAUCGUGGCGGCGGACACGGCCAUCGCGCUGGCCAAUGAGAAAGUCAUACCCUCAACCGCUGAGGAAGAAGGCGACGGAGAGAAGGAAGUGGGUGGGCAUGCGGUCAAUAGCCUCAUGUUCCCGUAUAUUCAAGGCGUCCUCGCCUUCGACACACCGUACCUGGGUAUCGCUCCUGGCGUCGUUGCCCAUGGAGCCGAGGGGCAUUGGCAGACCGCCUCGGCCGCUAUAUCACAACUGAGUGGACUGGGCGCUAUCUGGAGUGGAGGGAAGGCUGCCGAGAAAGCGACGGCGCAACCGGAGAGGAAGCCUGUUGCGGCUCUCGAGGCGCCCCCGUCGAAGGACAAUAAGAAGGGCGGGCUCUGGAAUAACUGGAGCCAAAUGGCCAUGUAUGCUGGGGGCGCUGCUGCCCUCGCCGCCGGGGGUGCCGCAGCGUACAUGAAGAGGCAGCAGAUCUCGGAGGGCUGGGGCUGGAUCGGCAGCCAUCUGGAAUUCGUAGGGUGCCUGGCGCGAGGCGAGGACCUAAGGAAGCGGAUGGCGAACAUGAUGCGCCUCAACAAGGAGCUGGAUGUCGGGUUCGCUAACCUGUACACCAGGCUCGGCCGCGCAGCCGACUCGAAGCAAGUCAGCACGGUUGGGCUGGUCAUGGGCAAUCAGAGGACCUUCUGCAAUCUGCCGACCCGCGGGGCCGCCGGUGAAUGGAGGGAGGCCGUGAACGACGCGGCGAAAGACGAGACGGGCGCGCAUAUGGCCAUGUUUGAAUCCGCGCAGAACCCUGGCUACAUUCAACUCUCAGAGGACGCAAAGAAUUUGAUCGUAAGCUGGGCGAAGAAUGAGUGGUACGAGACAAGCAACAUAGAACUGGAAUGA